AUGGAGCCAAAACGAAAAGUUAUUGCAGCCGACUGCAAGAGGGUCACAGUUCUGAAGUAUUUCCUGGAAGCCCUUUGUGGACAAGAAGAGCCUUUGCUGGCAUUCAAGGGUGGAAAAUAUGUGUCAGUGGCACCCGUCCCAGACGCCAUGGGAAAGGAAAUGGGAAGCCAAGAGGGAAAACAACUGGAAGAUCAGAAGGAGGAUGAUGUGAGGAUUGAGGCAUUUGAAGAUGAUUCGGAGACUGAAGGCAGUGGAGGAGAGAUGGACAUCAAGGAGCUCAGAGCCAAAAAGCAAGCCCUGGCCAGGAAAGUUGCUGAGCAGCAGCGCCGUCAAGACAAGAUUCAGGCCGUGCUGAAAGACCAGAGUCAGAUGAGGCAGAUGGAGCUGGAGAUCAGACCUGUUUUUUUGGUCCCAGACACCAAUGGUUUCAUCGACCACCUCAGCAGCUUGAUCACACUACUGGACUGCAGGAAGUUCAUCCUGGUGGUGCCCCUGAUCGUGAUAAACGAGCUGGAUGGCCUGGCCAAGGGCCCAGAGAUGGAGCACCGGGCUGCGGGCUAUGCCCGCCAAGUGCAGGAGAGAGCCAGGAAGUCCAUCGAGUUCCUGGAGGAGCGAUUUGAGAGCAGGGACAACUGCCUGAGGGCUCUGACCAGCCGAGGCAACGAGCUGGAGUCCAUCUCCUUCCGCAGUGAAGACACCACUGGCCAGCAGGGAAACAAUGAUGACCUGAUUCUGUCCUGCUGCCUCCACUAUUGCAAUGACAAGGCCAAGGAUUUCAUGCCCUCCAACAAAGACGAUCCCAUCCGUUUGCUCAGGGAAGUGGUUUUGCUGACGGACGACCGGAACCUGCGAGUCAAAGCGCUGACCCGCAACGUGCCGGUGCGGGACAUCCCCACCUUUCUCAAGUGGGCCCAGGAGGGCUGAGGGGGCCGAGUGGGGCCGACGGCCCCUGAGCGAGUCACGCAGCCUGUUACGGUGGGAGCCCGGCUUCAGCAGCGGCCUCGCCGCGCCGCCACCGCCGCCAGCCCACCACGAACAAUAAACGCCACGUCUUCAACCCACCCCAGAAUGGCCGUGCUGCGAAGGGCCCCUCGAGGGCAGACCAGCUGGGAAGGUCAUUGCUGUGGAUGGUUCACGUGGAGGCUGGGCCGCUGAGGGUCCUGCCAGCCUUUGGGCAGUGCCAGCGCGGAGCCGGCGAGCCCCACUGGCGAGGGAAGCUUUGGGUGAGCCCCGUGCUGGAUCGCCAGCCUUUUGCUUGGUUUGCUUGGGUGCAGAGAGUUCGAGUCACGCAUUGGUGGCUCUUUGGGUUAGUAGGCUGCGUAGGGCAGAGAUUGGGGACACACCGGCACAGACUUUGGGAUUGCUUAGUCUAGCCUGUGCCCCUUGGAGAGGCCGUGGACUUCAAGGGCAGGUUCCCUCCUGCCCCAGCCUGUUUGUCCUGCGUGGCCCAGACAGCCCCAGGCCUCCAGCCCCUUCCCCACUUGUGCCACCCCACGCAGGGGUGCUGCUUGCAGAGGGGCUUGUCCUCUCCCUCGUGCAGGAUUUGCUUGUUGAGUUUCAUUUCUUCAGUGUAGGUUAGUUUUCAGGUGUGUGCCCUGCCUGCUUUGCUGGGAGAGGCUUUGAACACCCCCAGUCUCCCACAGCUGCUUUGUUCUGAUCUCCUGCCCACCCCAGCCGUUACCUGCCCCUUCCCUUCUCCCCAAAACCCCUUAGUCCCAACCCUCAUACCUUUAGGCACGCUUUUGACCUAAGACGCAAUGUGAAGCUAACAAAGUUCUGCAAGGGCCCCAGGGCCAGCUGUCCCACAGGUUCUGUGUCUCCUCACAUUGCCACAGGCUCCCCUUCCAUGUGGGAUCCAGCUUCUGCCCAUGGCUGCGGGGCUGGGCAGAGCUAGAGAGAGCCGGGGCAGCACUCAGCCCCUCAUUACUUGCCCAGCUGAGAGGAUCCCCUUCCAAGAUGCCCCAUGGAUGGAGCCAUUGCCUUGUCCCUGAGUCAUUCCGCACUGGGAUCUGGGGUUCGUGUGCUGCUAAGCCCACCACACCCCAUGUUGUCCCAUCACCAAGUGUCCCAUCCCCAGUGACACACCAGAUACAGAAGCUAAGAGGGAGCAUUAACCCCUGAACUGGAGCCCCUGGAGCUCUGUCAAGUCCCAGUCCCAUGAGUCGAGGGUGGGAACGACCCCAAGGCCAUCCCCAGUCCCUGCUGGGGCGCCGCGGCCGUGGGAGGGAAGCGUCAAAGGUGGCAGAGGAAGCAGCAGGACGGAGCCCAGCGUUUUUCCUUUCCCGCGUGGGUGGCUCAAGCCCGGUGUCUGCGUCAGGAAGCCCAAUUACCCCUGUGCCAGCUGCCCAGCCUCACAGCGAGGGCCAGCACUGGGGUUGGAGCCUUGGCAGCGUGAUGGAGUUGUGCUGGCUAACCUGUGCCAGAGGAGUGCCCCAGCCUCGGGGCACCAGGCAGAGGGUCUGUGCUGCAGGGCAGAGCCUGACCCACAGGGACUUUGGGGUGCCCACGGCUGCUGUAGGGCACACGAAGCCAUGGUGGGCCCACCCAGAGCCAUGGUACACACAGCACCCAUGUCCCAGUUCCAUGCCCGCAGCUGUCAGCAUGGCAGAGACUUUGCCUUCUCCUCUGCGCUGGUUGUGUUUCAGUGUUUGUUUUCUAAUGGUGCUGCCCCAGCACUGCUUUCCAAGGCCCUUCCCGCGGCACCACCAGCUUGGAAGGUCCUGUGGCUCUGCCAGACACUGAUUCCUUUCACUGUGUCAUGGGUUCAGCUGUGGGACAGUCUCGGUGCCACCAGACCAAGCUGGCACAACAGCAAGCGGAGCCCAUGCCUGGGGCCACCCCUGCCAGGCUCCUCGGAGCCCAUGUCUUGGGGCAGCAUCCAUUUUCGGGCUAUUUUGUUAAGUUGGUUUUAAUAAUUUCUAUUAAUAAAGACGUGUCUGUGCA